AUGACCCCGCGUUGUGCUGCGGCAGACAAGCCACUGGCACUCUGCUUCAUGGAGAAAAACGGGAAAGCGGAAUUCAAAUGCCCGCCGAGAAUGACUACACUUCUCCAGGCAAGUGAAACGCCGAAGACCGAAUUCUGCGAAGAUUCGACCUGCGAGACUGCAGCCUCGCUGAGCGACCUCAAUCUGCAGCUCGAUGAGCGUGACGAUACAUACGCUUUCACGGCUAAAGGCCCGCCUGACAAGCCAUGCACCGUCUGCUUCGGAUGCACUGCAAACGCCGCCAAUAAAACGACCGCCAUACGCGCGCCGCCGCAUUGCGUGCUGUUGCCAGCAACGUCACGCGACACAUGCUCGCCCCACUCCGUCUACCGAUCUUAUUCAGGCGUCUGCGACGGGAAAGCAAAUCAACAGGUCCUCCUCAAGGUCAACCAAAACCUCACCCCCGUCACGUUCGCUUGCGGCGGAGACCGAGUUUCUUCUUCUGUUCUCCCCGACCACGUCAUCCAGCCGACUGGCAAUGCUGAGUCAACCACAGAGGUCAUCCUACAGUCUGCAAAAUCUCAGGCAGCCCUAAUUGCAAAUGGGUCGUCAAUUAGCCCAAAGGCUAACAAGGUCCCGGCUUACCCCCUGAGCGUGCCAGAGUUGCCGCAGUCAGCCAGUCUGCAGCUGCAGUACAAAAUUAUGAGAGAGAAACAGGUUGAUGGAAAAAUAGGCAAGCAGGGCCGUGAAGCCCAGGGGACACAGUGCAAGUUGCUGAACGGUCGGGAGGCUUAUGCGUCUGAGCGACCUUCGGCGUUUGCACGAUUUUACGGUGCUCUACAAUUUCAUUUUGAUUUAGCCGCGGCGGAGUCACCCGUCAGUGAGUGUAAAUCUGCUGCAUCACCCCUUGUACUUGAUCUUAAUGAACCGAACAAACAGGUCAAAUUCAAAUGCAAGGACUUGCCCACCCUGCUUCCUCCUCCAGCGACUCGGACGGCAGAGACCACCACUCAUUUCUGUCUUGAUUCGGCAUGCAAGACUACAGCGGCUCUGAGCGAAUUCAAUCUGAGGUUCUCGGGUGACUCGCAAGUAUACACUCUCCAAGCCACGGCUCUACCGGCUACUCCGCAGACUGUGUACUUCAAUUGCGCUCCCGCCGAUGGCGCGAAGAGCUCCAACCAAGGCACUGGCGACGCUAAGCGCUGCGUAGUUCAGAUUUCUGUGUGGAGCCAAACUCCGUCGUCUGUCCUCCCCACAAAUGUCUGCGCCGAGGAGAAAGGCGUCUCCCUGAAGGUUGACAAGGACCUCACACCCGUUACGUUCGGAUGUGGCGACAAGAGGACGUUGACCCCCGUGCUCCUCGACCAGGUCUUUCAGCCGACAGAGACGGCGGCGUCCAGCCCGCAGCCAGCUAGCUUGACUUCUCUUGUCCCUACAGCAGCUUUGACGGCAAACGUUAGUGACAAGGACGCAGCAAAAUGGCAUGCUUACACACUUACGGUUAAGGAGCUGCCCGAGGUGGCCCCCGUGCAGCUUCUUUAUGAAUGCAUUGCAACGCCAACGCCGACAGACCGGGUCCGCGAAGAGCAAGUCGGUGAACAAAACAAGCAGCCAGACUGCGAUGUGCUAAUAGAGGUCGACCAGCGUCCUAGCACUUCCGGGGGCUCUGACUCCGAGACAGGAGGAGGGCAGCGAGCAAGCCUCGUGGCCGCGUCUGCCAUCGUUCUUGCCUCGUUUCCCAUUCUUUCUUUCAUUCUAUGA